AAGCACACCUUGCUGAUUGGUCACUUAUAUACCAGAGGCCCAUGUGGAAUCAGCAGCUAGCGUUAUAAAAGCUCUGGGCUGCCAGCCCACAGGCGUCUCCCUAAGAGAAGGCUGCCAUGGAUCCAGUCCUGGUCCUGGUGCUCAGUCUGUCCUAUCUGCUUCUCCUCUCGCUCUGGAGACCGAGCUCUGGGAGAGGGAAGCUCCCUCCGGGCCCCACUCCCCUCCCACUUAUUGGAAACAUCCUUCAGAUAGAUAUGAAGGACAUCAGCAAAUCCUUAGAAAAAUUCUCAAAAGUCUAUGGCCCCGUGUUCACUCUAUAUUUAGGCAUGAAGCCCUCCGUGGUAUUGCAUGGUUAUGAAGCCAUAAAAGAAGCUCUUGUUGAUCUAGGAGAGGAAUUUUCUGGAAGAGGAAGUUUCCCAUUGUCUGAAAGAGUUAACAAAGGCCUUGGAAUCAUUUUCAGCAAUGGGAAGAAAUGGAAGGAGAUCCGGCGUUUCUCCAUCAUGACCCUGCGGAAUUUGGGCAUGGGCAAGAGGAGCAUUGAGGACCGUGUUCAAGAGGAGGCUCGGUGCCUUGUGGAGGAACUGAGGAAAACCAAAGGAGCACCCUGUGACCCCACCUUCAUCCUGGGCUGUGCUCCCUGCAACGUCAUAUGCUCCAUUAUUUUCCAGAAACGCUUUGAUUAUAACGAGCAGACUUUUCUUAAUUUGAUGGAGAAAUUUAAUGAAAACCUCAGGCUCUUGAGCACACCGUGGAUACAGGUCUGCAAUACUUUCCCUGCUAUUAUUGAUUAUUUCCCUGGAAGUCAUAACCAAGUGAUUAAGAAUUUCCUCUAUAUAAAAAAUUAUGUUUUGGAGAAAGUAAAAGAACACCAAGAGUGCUUGGACAUGGACAAUCCUCGGGACUUCAUUGAUUGUUUCUUGAUCAAAAUGGAACAGGAAAAGCACAAUCCACAGUCUGAGUUUACCAUCGAAAACUUGUUGGCGACUGUAACUGACAUGUUUGGAGCCGGAACAGAAACAACAAGCACCACUCUGCGGUACGGACUCCUGCUGCUGCUGAAGCACCCGGACAUCACAGCUAAAGUCCAGGAAGAGAUAGAACGUGUGGUCGGCAGAAACCGGAGCCCCUGCAUGCAGGACAGAAUCCACAUGCCCUACACCGAUGCUGUAGUGCAUGAGAUCCAGAGAUAUAUUGAUCUCAUCCCCAUUAACCUGCCUCACUCAGUGAUCCAUGAUAUAAAGUUCAGAAACUGCUUCAUCCCCAAGGGUACCACUAUAAUAACUUCACUGACAUCCGUGCUGCAUGAUGACAAAGAAUUUCCCAAUCCAGAUACGUUUGACCCUAGUCACUUUCUGGAUGAGAGUGGCAAUUUUAAGAAGAGUGACUACUUUGUGCCUUUCUCAACAGGGAAGCGGAUGUGUGCAGGAGAAGGCCUGGCUCGCAUGGAGCUGUUUCUGUUCUUCACCACUAUCCUACAGAAUUUUAGCCUGAAGCCUCUGGUUGAUGUAAAGGACAUUGAUACCACACCCAUUAACAGUGGAUUUGGCCAUGUGCCCCCAUGGUACCAGGCUCGUUUUGUUCCCGUGUAAAGGGCAGACCCCCAUCCACAGCCUCUCCUUUUUGAGUGUAAUGUCUACUUC